UCUGCUAAGAUUGGCUACAGUUGCGCAAGAAGUGUGAGCACAUUAACUGAUCGCAGUGGUAUUUUUUAAUACUCAGUUUUAAUAUUUAAGGUGACAUGCAGUCGAAUUUAUAUAAGUGUGCGUGAUACAGACUCAUGGUGGCGAUAAAACUAUGUUGUAAGGCCUAUUUCUGUCGUGGUUCAGCGACAGUUCUGCGGGAAAAUGAUGACCCUGUGUAGGGCGACGUUAGUUGUGUUGAUAUGUUCAUCGAUAGGCGUUUCUGGUCAAGAAAAUUGCGUAGAUCUUCUGAACGCGGCAAAUGGAGGUUUGUCUAGUGGACCGUACAUUGUCUACAACGGGGGCAAAUGCAUUAACGUCUACUGCCAAUUCAAUCACGGUCACGUGUUGACGUUCCUUUCGCCCAUGACGUCAGGGUGCGUGGACAUGUCUCGUCUCUACAACAACAAAACCGUUGCAAUCGUAUACCACAUUCGAGCGGACGCCAAACAACACAUCGCUACACUUAAACAGCUCGGCAAGUUUUCCAACGUUCCCCUGUCUGUCCAGUUUAACGCAAAUGUCGAAUAUCAGGGGCCAAUAAAUUCAGCAAUGGCGCCGUAUGUAUUUGUCGGCUUCAUACCAAAACAUAUGACGAAGUUACACGACAUACAGGGUUGGAACGUCAACGGCAAGGACUUCACGUUCGUAAACUGCGACGCCAAUCCGAACAGUUACUUUGCCGCAUUGUUCAAUGCCUACCACAAGGGCUAUACAAAUUACGUCGGGUACUACAACAAGCUUAUGUUUGCUUGGUACGAUCUGUCAACAGCCGUUCCCACCCAUGAGUACCUUCCUAGAAACUUCUUCACUCCUUUCUUUGAAAUCCACCACGGUGGCUGCGGAGGGUUCAGCAGGGGAACCAAUGUACCUGAUAUUCAAGGCGUGGCUGUUGGUGUUAGAUCAGAGAUCACAUGUGCUAACCCCAUACCCGUUCAGCAUGCUUCAUUGUCUUUCCCGGGCUUGAGUCCCGGAAACUCUGUGACGUACACAUGUGAGCCGGGAUACAUCAUUGUCUCCGGCGACGCUGUGCGCACGUGCCACGGGCUCGGUGGAUGGACUGGGACCAAACCUAAAUGUCAAGUGCAGAACUGUGUGACUAUGCAAAACAAUGCUGCUGGAAAACUGAAGAGUGGGCUUUACCAAAUCAACCGCGGAGGAAUGAACUUUCACAUUUAUUGUAACUAUGGAAACGGCGACGGAUACGUCUACGUUUCACCCUCGGUUCCGGGCGACGUUGACCUGAACAUGGCGUCCCUGUCUGACGAUAGCAGCCUCGUUAAAGUCAUCCACAGACGUCAUGAUGGCAAACAGUAUGAGGCGACAAUUCAACAGAUUACUGCCUUCAACACAUUACCAGUCUCCGUUCAGUUUAACAAGCAUGACGGCUAUAAAGGCAUACUCAACGCAGCCAUGGGUCCAUACGUGUUCACUGGAUUCAUACCUCUGUCUCACAACGUGAAGGGUGGCGUACAGGGCUGGAAGGUUAACGGAAAAGAGUUCACGUUCACAAACUGCGACGGCAAUCCAAACAGCUACUUCGCGGUGCUGUUCAAUGCCAAAAAGGCCGCCUACACAUCUUAUAAAGGUUGGAGGAAUAACCUGAUGUACGCUUGGUAUGAUCUUUCGACUCCGGUUCCGGUCAGCGACUCACUUCCGGCGGCCAUGUUUUCGAAAGAUUAUGAGAUCCAUCACGGCGGUUGUGGAGGGUACAGCAUUGGAACAACUGUAAGCGACGUUACAGGAGUCAUGAUUGGUCAGCGAUUCAUUAUCACAUGCUCGGAGCCCGAUGACGUCAGAGACGCUACAAAGACGUUUGACGACGUCAAGCCAGGUUCCAUUGUGACGUUCAUCUGCAACCCUGGAUACACGAGCUCCGGGGAUCUUGUGCGCACGUGCACGUCGACCGGUGGCUGGUCUGGUGUACAGCCAACAUGCACACGUUUAAUUCAAAUGCCGUUGUCUGCCUUUGAAUUGCUCGCCAACAUAACACCAUAUUAGCAUAAUUUACACGCUUGAAGCAUACAUCAAUUUUCAAUUGGUGUUAGUUUAUUUUACGGAAGCAAAAUUAAUGCCGCGAGCCACCUCGACAAAACAUUUCAUUUUAAUUUCUUUAAUGUAAUGUUAGUCAGCUACGCCAAUAAACGGCAUCCUUUAAAAAAAAUAUGUCUCCAAAUAGCAAACUUUGGCGGUUGUUUUACAUAAAUCCGGUUCAAAAUCCCUAUAUGGAUAAAUAGGAGUAUCAAGUCAACAGUUCUUUGUAUCACACACUAAAAAACACAUAUGAGAGCGUAAAAAUUUGGCCAAUAACAAAUGCCGGAUGUAAACCAGUUGAAUUUAUCAUCGGAUAUUUUGCUAAUUAAUGCAUGCAUGUGUAAAAUUAAUAUGUGUUGUUGUUUGCUUGUGUUUAUGUCCAUAAACUUGGAACGCAUCUUUUUUUUAAAGAUUUGAAUGACAAUUUGACAAUUUUAUUCGUAUCCGAAAUGUUCUUCUAUCUUGCAUUUUACAAGUCAUAUUGUCAUAAACGUAAACCGUCACUUGACUGUACUGGACUUUGGAAACACGCUUAUAGUAAAAUGUAACAUAUUCGUGUGUGAAUCAUUUUUUAUAAUCGUCAACGUUUGUAUUGGACCUCCAUUGUCAGAAAAAUACUUGUACUUGUAUAUUGUUUUAUUGUUAGCGCUAUGAGAUUGAAAUACAUGACUUUCUCGGA